AUAUAAAUGUGAGACUCUUCCCAUUGAUUAAACUAGAAAAGAGAAAGAAACUCUUUUUUCCCCUAAUUUUUCUCGCAAAAUUUUCCUCUCUCUCUCCCCAACAGCUUUCCGAUUCGAUAAUCAAACAAACUGCUGAUCUCAUUGCAAAAUUCUCCUCCCUCUCUUCUCUUCCUCCGCCUGCGGCUGCAUCAUCAAGAUCUUAAAGCCAGAACUGAGGGAGCGAUGGUUGCCCAAGCCAAACAAACGGUUCCUACGACUUUCAUCUUCACCUACGGUACUCUCAAACGCGGAUUCUGGAACCAUACGUUAUUGCAAGACCUGAUGCGAACAGGAGACGCUUCUUUCGUCGGAAGUUACCGGACGAGGGAGAGGUUUCCGCUCGUUUGCGGACCCUUUCAAGUCCCGUUUCUGAUAAACUCGCCUGGUUCUGGUCACAUAGUUGAAGGCGAGGUUUAUGCGGUAACGAAGGGAGGAUUAGGGAGAACGGAUGAACUGGAAGGAUUGAGCCGCGGACACUACGUCCGGCUCCCGAUUGAUGUGGAAGCAUCGGAGGGCGGAGGUGUAGUAGCGGCGGAGGCGUAUUAUGCACAUCCGAGUUACGCGAUGGAGCUAUGGAAGAAGAAGAAGGAAAUGGGUGGAGUGAUAAGUUCGUAUUCGGAGAAAGAAGCGAAAGGUUAUGUGAAACGUAAAGAUAGGCCUCAACAUUUAACGUUCCUUGAUCAUAUUAGUUUGUUUCUUUCAUCUUCAUCUGAUUAGGCCUUUUUCUUUUCUUUUCUUUUCUUUUUUCUUUUUUUCUGCUUCUUCAAAAUUUGGGGCAAUUUUUGCCCUAAUUUGUGAUGAAAUCUUGUGUGUAAUUGUUGAUUGAGGAUUUCGUUUACUGGAAAAUCAAAAUCCGAUGGUAAUUAGGGUUUCUUCUUUUUGAUUGUAAA